AUGCCUUCCAACCAACUCUUCAACCAACAGAAUCAGAAAGGCGGUUUCACAAUGCUGCCGACAGGUCGUCUCUAUGUUCGAUCGUUGAACAAGGGCAUUCGAGAGCUUUACCCGGAUCAUCCGACUUCUCCAGUUUCGGAACUUCCAGCUCUCCAAAUCCUCGACUUUAAACUUGACAAAGAACUGAGGAAUAAAGGGAAAGUAGGAUGGAAGCUUAUCAUCGGUACACUCCACAAAGAUAACGUCUAUGUCCACCUUGAAGGCGACGAUAACAAUAAGGUGGUGUUUGUCUGGAACGACUCAAAGCUACUACAAGAACAAUAUUCGAGCAUCAAGUUUAAGAGGCCAUUCAGCCAAGUCAACGGCCAAUACCCACAUAGUCGACUCGGGAAAUCUAGGAUGGAUGCAUUAAUCCUAUACUAUUAUAUUACCUUCUUGCAGACAAAGCAGAUAAGCAAGAUGAUAUACAUUGAAUUAGAGUUCUGGGCUCCGUUUCAAAAGGCUUGCGAGAGCGUGUCUUCGGAACGGAAGGCUACGAAACAGAGACUCGUACAAAAAAAGAGGCCAAAAAUCACUCCUAAAGAGCUUCCGGAGGCUAUAUCCGCUACGGAAGGUCCGCAAACAACCGAAGUAAAAGAUCAGAGUCGGCCUUCUCCUGGAGAGCAUUUGCAAUCCAGCUCACACCAGGUAAUGACGCAGCCGAUGCGCCUGCAGGAUGCAUUAAGGUCGAGCGAAAGUGCUAGGAGUUCAAGCAUAAAACCAGAAGUGAGUGCGCCUGGUGCUCCCAAUGAUGCGCAAGAAUUAUCCACGCAACUUUCAAGGGCGGUAGAGAGACUGAAAGGCCUCGAUAAAGAGAACAGGAGCUUGAAAACCAGAGUGGCGCAGUUUGAACAAGCAGUAAACGACUAUCGGGAUGCAGCCAUCGAAAAGUCAAAUCUACAACGAGAUGUAGUUGAAUUGACUCAGCAGCUCGAGCAAUGCAAACAAAAACUGGCGAUCGAGUUGGAGGCAAAAGGAAGAAUUGCCUUGGAGGCUCAAAACGCACAGGCAAGCUUGAACAGUGUCAAGAAAUGGUUGGAGAUGAAGCCAUCAUGCUACUGA